AUGAACCAAGAAGAAGAAAAAACAGAGAACAAAAGGAUCAACGAGAUCGAUGAAGACGAAGAAGAAGAGUUGGAGAACAAGAAGAUGGACAUGUUCUUCAAUCUCAUUAAAAACUACCAGGAUGCUAAGAAACGAAGACGACAAUACUUAACUCAAGAUUCUGGCGACGUUGCUUCGAUGCCGACCAAGAGAUCCGACUACAGCAUUGUUCCUGUAUUCCGUGCUGAAGAUUUUUCUCACUGUAUGGACUUAAACCUAAAGCCAUCGAAUUCGAUUAUCUCCACCAAGAACCAAGAAGAAGAGAAGCAAGAAGAAGAAGAAGAAGAAGAUGAUGAAGAAGAAGAAGAUGAUGAUGAAGGAGAAGAAGAAGUUGAGAAGGUGAUGAGAAAAGAUAAUGGUUUAGAUCUUAAUCUUGCAUUGUAA